AGAUUAAUUGCGGAAGUAGUUUACUUCAGUUGCACGAAAGUUGCAGUUCACAUCAAACUAAUCAACCUACGGUUCCUUAAAAUGUUUGUUUUCCAUAGUUUACGUUAUUAGCGGACUGAUAGCGUAAAAGAUAACGAAACCGUUACGUACAGAUUCCGCUUUUUAACGUUUUGGACCGGAAGUCGGCAGAAUGCACCGGAGAGGAGUGGGCGCGGGAGCUAUCGCCAAAAAGAAGCUCGCGGAGGCCAGAUAUAAGGAAAGAGGAAAUGUUCUUGCAGAGGACCAAAUUGUCCAAAUGUCGAAGCAGUUGGAGACCUUCAAGUCCAACCUGGAGGAGUUUGCCAGCAAACACAAACAAGAAAUCCGAAAGAACUCCCAGUUCAGGGUUCAGUUUCAGGAGAUGUGCGCCACCAUUGGAGUUGACCCGCUUGCCUCUGGCAAAGGUUUCUGGUCCGAGAUGCUCGGCGUAGGCGACUUCUACUACGAGCUCGGCGUCCAGAUUAUCGAAGUGUGUCUGGCCCUGAAACACAGAAAUGGAGGGCUCAUUACUUUGGACGAACUCCAUCAGCGAGUACUGAAGGGAAGAGGUAAAUACGCUCAGGAUGUGAGCCAAGAUGACUUGAUGAGAGCCAUAAAGAAACUGAAGGUGAUGGGGAGCGGCUUUGGGAUGAUCCCCGUCGGAGGUUCUUACUUGGUCCAGUCGGUCCCAGCCGAGCUCAACAUGGAUCACACUGUGGUCCUGCAGCUGGCCGAGAAAAAGGGCUUCGUCACAGUGAGCGAGAUCAAGGACAGUCUGAAGUGGGAGAAGGAGCGGGCGUGUCACGUCCUGGACCACCUGCUGAAGGAGGGCUUGGCCUGGUUGGACUCUCAAGCCGCGGAAGAAGCUCAGUACUGGCUGCCCGCUCUCUUCUCCGAGCUGACCUCCCGUGACGUCACACCUGAGGAAGCCAAUCAGAUGACGCCUUGAGAGAGACGGAGCUCGGGGGGGGCGGAGCCUCCCUCCGAGGUCACUUUCUGGAGAACUAUGCAACGAGGACUCUGGCGUUACUUCGGUUCACGGAUAUCGACGCACAGACAAACAUGGGAUCUUUUUAUUAUUUUAUUUUUUUCAUAUAUAUAUAUAAAUAAAGAAUAACUUCACAUUCUA